UUGCAUUCAAAAAGAAAAAUCGCCUAAAAUACCUAAAACCAUAGAUAACUAGAGAUAACUCUACUUUAUGGUUAUAGUAUUGUGAAUUUUGCAAAAAUUUGAUUUGAUUGCAAUUUACAUCGCUAAUUAGAAGCAAACGCUCGCGUCAGGCGUUGGUCCGUUACUGAUAUUGCUGUAGGUGCAGUGUUCAUCUUCGUCUUCAUCGUCUUUUGUACUGAAUUACGGAUAUUACACCAUCUCAGAAGGACCACGAACCAGAUGCCAUUGCCAACAUCUAGAAGGAGAAGCGAGAACUUACAUAUAUGUAGCUGUAGCAGCUAGAAUACGGUCAAACACUUUGUUCGUGUAUCACUGUGUUACUCGACUCAUUCGCCGUAUUUGAAUCGCUACUCGCAAGUGAUGUAGGAAUUGUGACAUCGUCAACUCGUCGUACACCUACACACGCACGCAGUUAGCGCAGUAAUUUAGAACGAAGCGAAUGACGUGUGCAGCGUGAUCUUUCAUUCACAAUGGGAAACAAUCAUAGCUUUCAUAUACUAAACCAUAGUCACAAAAGCGUAUUACCAAACAGUAGCAGUUCUAAAACAGAUUUACAGCCCAAGACUGUCUCUCCGGUGGAACAUCUGUCUCCGAUGGAAAAAUUGGGCAAACUUUUGGCCCAAAGAAGCUUACAAGAAGAUUCUAUCAAUGGCGUUGCCUGCGGAGUUUUCAAGAGAUACUUGUUUCCGCACUAUACGGAAAUCGGAAAACGUUUGUUCUCCUAUUUAUGUACCUCAUCUUGCGGCCCUGCUUCGUCGCACGUAAUCAGUGUGAGUAAUUUUAAAACGCAAACCGAGAAGCUUUUGGGUAUCAUGUCCGAUCAUCAAUUAAUACAAAUAUAUGUUACGAUGUACGCCGAUGGAAAAGAUAAAAUGGUAAUCGAUCAGUUUCACGAGCUGGUGUACGCUGUUUAUAAACUAGCGAUGGAUCAUUACCCGGAUGGUCCGCAAUCGUGUCGUUAUAUUUUCACUACCAUCAAGGCGGUGGUGGAUUCUGCGUUUCAUAAAAAGUCCGAAUUAAAAACCACCUACCUUGCGAACUGGAUUACGCACAAUUGUCCGCGAUUGAUUCUGUUGCUGCAUCGGUAUAUCGUUCACGUGUUGUCGACUGGCUACAGAAGUAUCAUCGAGAAACCUCAAGUGGAGCCUUCGGAAUUGGAAUUGACGACUCCUGUGCUCGAAAAAACGCCUUCGUUCGAAGUACGUCAACCGUUGUUACCUGUUUCGCAAGUGUGGAUUUUGGCUACGACGCUUCCUCAGCUUUACAUUCAACCGACCCAACAUCACAGUUCUCCUUGUAUGGCUCCAACUUUCUUAUCUAAAAUUAUGGACUUGUCUUGCCCAUCCCAUUGGACAUUGCUGUAUAAUAGUAAUCAACACGGCAUAGGCACGAACAGAUUUUUGCAUCAUGUAUUGGGCUACCGAGGGCCGACGUUGACUUUUUUGAGAGGCAGCGAAGACGUAGAAUUCUGUUUGGCUGCCACCGACGAGUGGAGAGAGUCGCACUUAUUUUGGGGAGGCGAAGACUGCAUGCUGAUACAAAUUUUACCCUUGUACAAAGUGGUCGAAAAAGGAGCCAAGCUAGUGUACCUGAAUACGUCGAUUCGCGGAUAUCCGUUGGGAAUACGCGUCGGAGCGGACCCUAGAGCACCGUCCUUGCAAGUGGAUCAGUCUUUCGAUAAACUUACUUAUUGCGGAAUACCUUACGCGUUGAAUAAUAUGGAAGUGUGGGGUUGCAGCUCGCCCAAAUCUAGAGAAAUUCAACUUCAAAUAAAAGAUUGGGAGGUGAAACAGGCGGAGAGUAACAGAAAAGUGAAAAUCACCUCGUCCGAUUGGCUGGAUCACCCUGAUAGAUAUCUUCUCGAAUUGGCCGGAAGAACGUCGUACGCGACCGGCGGCAGCAGCAGUAGCGCUAGCUGAUGGCUGAAAAUUUUCAACGCGCCAUUACUCGUAGCUACUAGCUAGUACUUACUGUUUUCGUGUCACGUUUUACAUCUUACAUUUUCGCCUUCUGUCGACGCUAAUGAAUUUUUUUUUCACCUUGCCGCGUUCUCGUCCUGCUACCGGAUGAAAAAUUGCGUAUCACGGACUUACCUACCUACCUAUCUACCGAGCUACCUACUCGUAUACUGUCAUAAUGUGUACCUAUACAUGUACGAUACAAUAUUAUCGUCCCGUGAUCCCGUGAUCGUGGUAAUUUCUGCGUUAUACGUAGUGUUCGUUGCGCAGUACUUACUCGACAUUAUUCGUUUAAUCGAGUACGAUCACGUUCCUGAUCUGUGAUACCGAGUUACUACACGUAAAUAUAUACAUAAUAAACUAAAUUAUUCGAUGUACCUAUCUGCCUACCUACCUACCUGCGUUUCUUUGUAGCCACGCAGUGGGCAGGUAGCACGGUACGGGCUCAUCGGUUGCUGUAGCACCCAAAUGUCGCUCAGCGCGCACACCUCGAGCGACCACGAAAUUCACUGCUGCGAGUGACCUUUUUCUCGUUUUUUUUUUUUUUUUUUUCAAAUAAUUGCCGUUUCAGUUUUUCGAUAUUUCUUUCUUACGUACGUUCGUUUGUUCGUUCUGCUUCUGCCUUUUGGAAAUUUUCGUCCACCGUUUUUUUAUUCAGCUACCGAUUAUGCGAUUGUGUGCCUAUUUACAUGUUUUUGCGCUCGUCAAUGUUCUCGGAUAUCGACGACGCUAUCAAAUAACUAAUAAGUCGAGUACAUUCGCGUCAUUACGGUACAUAACUUUAACUUACUCUUUUGCUUAUACGAGUGUGCGUGCGUGGUUCGAUUUGGAUGCUGGGUGCAGGGUGCAAUGAUAGUGAAUAAUGUAUCAGGUACCGCAGGUAGUGGAACGAAUGCGCGGAGCGGCGAGUUGAUUGCAAGGUGGUGAAAAAUCCUCGGUUUAACUGAUCGUCGGAUAUGCCGAACUCGGCUUUACUCGAGUAUUCGAGGUAGUCGUUUAGUCGUAUAAGCAUUGCAAAGGAUACGCAAUAGACCUACCGAAACACAAAUACAUACAUAUGUACUUAGGCCUACCUAGAGACCUACUCGAUAGACGACACGAAUGGUUAGGCUACCUUCGUGUAUUAUUACUCGUAUUCGUACUCGAAUUCGUACUCGUACUCGUAUAUUAUCUGAAACGAACGUCCGUCCAUGAUUUAAUGUAUGUACUUACUUAUUUACUUAUUUGGAAAUAUAUAUAUUUACAUUUUCGUUUCUUA